AUGGAAGGCCAUGAGGAAUAUUUUGAUGAUCAAUUCCCAAUUGGGUAUAGGUUUAUGCCAACGGAUGAAGAGUUGGUGACUCAUUAUUUGACUAACAAGGUUUGUCGCAACCCUGUUCCACCUUCAGCUUUUCAAGAAAUUCGUUCUACCGAGCUUUACAGAAAGCCUCCAAAGAGUUCAGUGCAAUACUCUAGUGGAGAAAGAGAGUGGUUCUUCUUUAUUCAUCAGUAUGGGAACUUUGAGGAGCAAAAUAAGGCAAUUCGAAUAGUUGAAGAUGGACGAGGGUUUUGGCGAACAAAUGGAGAAAAGCCCUUAUUCGACACGAAAGGGAAUGUGUUAGCCUUCAAGACUCAUUUGAUAUAUUUUUCGGGAUGCCUCUCAAAUGCAAAGAAAACACAUUGGAGAAUGGAUGAAUAUCGACUGCCAAUUCAAUUCUACGCUCAACACAAUUCCAAGGAGCAAUGGGCUGUGGGGAGACUUAGAAGAGGAAGAGAGUACAAUCUUGGUUUUUAA